AAUUAGAAAUAUUCAAUCCAACUAAAUCAACAAGUUCAAGUUCUAUAACUAAAGUCACAACUGAAUUCACGACUGAAGUAACAACUGAAUCCACGACUGAAGUAAUAACUGAAUCCAUGACUAAAGAAAGUGCUGAAUCAGGUUUAAUUGAUGCGCAACUUCUAUAUGGACAUAUGAUUUGGAAUGGCUAUAAUGUGAAAAGAAACGUCGAGGAAGCCAUUAAAUAUUAUAAGCUUACUGCAGAUAACGGAAAUAUUAAAGCUAUGUUCAAUAUUGGUCAAAUAUAUUGGUAUCGAAAUGGUUCCGAAGAGGAAAAGCAGCAAGGAGAGGAAUAUUUACGUAAGGCAUUAUAUAAAGGUUUAAUAGCUUCUAUAGAAUUUUGUAAUAUAAGUGGUAUACAAUUAUAA